UUGAAAAAGGAGCGUCUGUUGUUGUUGGUUUCCGUGUUGUGGAGAAAAAAUUCGCAAAUUAUGGCUGAGGUGAAGCUCGGCGGCCAGGCAGCAGCGGAGCUGUCCGAGGCCGCUCAGAGUGAGCUGAUGGACCAGUGCGAGGAGCAGUUCGCUCAGCUGGAAAAGCUUCAGAAUGAGAUUAUUCUGUGUGAACCAGAGUCCUGUGAGAAUCCUCAGGAGCAGGCAGUAAAUCGACUGAUGGCAACAGAAGCUGAACUGAAGCAGUGGCUGACCGUGGAGCCAGAAUUGCUGAUAUCAAAUUCAGAAGUUUUACUUCAGGCUGGAAAAGAGGAGAUGCUCAAGCUGUGCUCUGAACUUGAGAUGGUUGUUUCUUGCCAUGAAGCAAAGAGAGACAAACUGAGAGAAACUAAAGAACUUGAACAGAAGUGGUUGGAGGAGAAGAAACAGGCGCUGAUAGCCGCCAAUGACCACGUUGAACGACUUAAAACGGAAAGGGGGAAAUUAUCCGAACAGAGUAUACUGCAGGACACCAAGGCAAAAAUCCAUAAAAUGAAGGUCUACCAGGAGAGGUUGAUGGAGUCUCUGGGCGACGUACUGGAGAAGCACGUCCCUCUCCCUCAGAAUGAAUCCAGUGCCAACAGGAAGAAGAAGAACAUUACCCAGGAGUUAGACGAAGACUUGAUUUCACUUAAUGAAAUUCUUGAGCUGCUCAUGAACAAGGUCCUGAAUACACCACACGACCCCUACGUGACAGUGGACAACACAUUCUGGCCCCCGUACACGGAGAUGCUGCUCCGCUACGGCAUUGCAGUGAGGCACCAGCAGAACAACUUCAAGAUCCGCCUGGAAACCUUCUGUUAAGGCAGCGGUGCAUCAGGCAUCUUAAGCACCACUUAUCUGCUAGUGUUUGUAGUUUGAGUCUGAUUGUAUAGUGUUGUCAUUAUGUAUAUUUACGUGAGCUCAUAUGAAAACCAACUGCUGGGAAAGAUAUGAGGUUAGCCAUAUAAUGAAGUGUGAUUAUUAAAUUAGGUUUCACAAGUAUUUUUAAACCAUGAGUCAUUUAAAACAUCUGAGAACACCGACAUUAAAGUCUUAUAUCAUUAGUGUUGAUAUUUUCUCUUAAGUACAUAUUUCCUUUGAUCCUAAUUCAUAGCUGUUUUUAAUGGCACGAUGUAAUCAUCAAUGAGAAAUGUAGGUGCAUUUAUGACUAUGAAUUUGGUUUCAUUAAAAUAUGUUUGAGUUGCUUAUAAGGGGACUUUUUGAAGCCUUCAGGUGCCCAAAGGGUGAA